AUGUGCACUUAAUUGCAAUGGAGCUCAGAAAACUGUUUGGUUUUUUUUUCAGGCUGGAGAUCAUCAGAUCAACUUUGCACAUUAUGUUGCGCUGUAUGAAUCCGAAAAGAGCAAACAUACGAGAGUUGUGCCAAAACUGACCAGAGCACAUGUUGCCCCGGACAACCUCCAGAAGAUGAGCGUUCGACUUGCUACACAGCUAUUCAGCCGUGGAACACCUAUUGGCAUCCGCAUAUACAGAGAAGCCGGUGCUGAAGGCAUGAUGGGUUCUGAGGGAACAGAAGCAUUCACCAAAUUGCUUAAUGACCUGUUUGAUGCUUCGAACAUAAAGCUACCUGAAAGAGGCGUUAAAAGGCACUCAAAGGAAAUACAGGCAAGCCAAAGUGUCUUUUCGUGCAUAUUGAUGGUUAUUUACUGACAUUUUACCUCAUUCUUUCAGGUCAUCAAAGACUUCUUGGAAAUGUUGAAUGUCACAGAAAAGAACGCCGUGGAGAAAGGUCUCAAGCUCUUUGCGUCUCAACUGACCACGGAGUCCUUGCGUGUUACUUUGUUGUCAACGCUUGACAUCAUCGAGUUCUUACUGGAUCAGGGUGCACACUAUGUUUUGACGGCAAAGUUGAACCAGGACCCCCUUGAGCGCCACUUCGGACUUGUCCGUUCCUUCGGAGGGGAUGAAUCUCACCCUACUGUGGUCAAUUUCACCCAAAUAUUCCGCCUUCUGAGUUUGUACACACCGAUAAAAACUGCUUUGCGUGGGAGUGUGCAAGGUGUGCCAGGGAAUGUGCUUGUCAGUGUACAGGACACACUGAGGAGGACGAGAGAGUUUUACCGCGCCAAACAUGCAUCCUUGCGUGAACGCAUAGAAGAAAAGCUACUGGAGAUGACGACAGAAACAGCCAGGAACCCUGGAGAGCAGGACGACGAUCACUCCUACUUCAAAGGGGAAGUGGACGAUGCUAUUGUCUACUACUUGAGUGGAUAUGUUGUGCACAAAUUUGAAAAGCACACAUCAUGCCUUCUGUGCUUAGAAGACAUAAGCAGUCCAGUGCCCGUUGUUUGCCGUGAUGCAUAUCUUACGGCUUAUAGAAGUUUCAAGGAAGGCUGCAUGAAACAUCCUACAGCUAAGUUGUUGAGUGUGAUGAAACUUGUCAAUGAUGUAGUUUCUGUCACAUUAGAUGAGGCUGGUGCCUGUGAGAACAUUUUCUGGAAGGUACUAGAACAGCUCGAUAAGUGCAGCCUUGCUCGCUUGGGCUGUGCAGAUCACAUGCCAGCAUUCACAUGCCAGAUAUUGAACUUUGUCAUUGUGACAAGGAUGCACUUUUUCUCCAGAGAUUUUAACCAUCGGUUACAAAGCAAGGAAAAGGUGGCUAUAGCAAACAAAAAAGCGCGUCUCUUGUAACUCUGGCUCUUGGAAAAUGGU